AUGACAAUCAGCAAAACCUUUUUGAGACCAUCGGAAAUCUACGAAAUAAAAAAAUGUGUUGGGCGUGGUAAUUUUGGGGACGUUUAUAAGGCCCUUGAUAAAGCAAGUGGCAAGAUUGUUGCAGUAAAAGUUGUCAACUUGGAACAUACUGAUGAAGAUAUUGACCUUCUAGCUCAAGAAAUUUUUUUUCUAGCAGAGUUGAGGUGCCCUUUCAUUACCAAUUAUAUUACCACUAUGACCGAGGAUGUUUCAAUGUGGAUAAUAAUGGAAUAUUGUGGAGGGGGCUCAUGUGCAGACUUGUUAAAGAAUCUAUAUAUCAAUGGUAUGCCUGAAGAUAAAGUUUCCUAUAUCACGAGAGAGAUGCUCAAGGGUCUAGCUUAUUUGCACCAGCAGAAGAAAAUCCAUCGUGAUAUCAAAGCUGCGAACAUUUUGAUAACUGAUGAGGGCAAAAUAAAACUGGGUGAUUUUGGGGUUAGCGGGCAAAUAAAGGCAACCUUAAAAAGAGGUACAUUCGUUGGAACACCAUUUUGGAUGGCACCUGAGGUUGUGAGCAAGAAUUCAGAUGGAUAUACUGAAAAAGUAGACAUUUGGUCUUUAGGUAUCACUGUAUAUGAGCUUCUAAAAGGUUCACCUCCGCUCGCCAAAUGUGAUCCCAUGAAAGUAAUGCUUAAUUUACCCAAAAGAAAACCUCCAGCUUUACAUGGAAACUACACAAAUGCAGCCAAAGGUUUUAUAGCUGCUUGUCUUGUCAAAGAUCCCAAUUCGAGACCCUCAGCUACACAAUUACUAGAUUUGGAAUUCGUUAAGACCUCGAAAAUUGACGAUAUAAGGAACGAUGUUAAUUAUAUCAAAAACAAAAAGAGUAAGGAAAACUAUCAAAGAAACCCGAAAUUUUCUCUGCAGGAGAAGCUUUAUGAUGGAUCGGGGCCCCAUAUUAUAUGGGAUUUCGAGAGUCAAAGGGAAAUUCUUAAGAUGAAUCUACAAAAGAUGAAUCUACCGUUCACGCCGUUAGAUGUGGAAACGCCACAAUCAAAAUCUUCAACCACUGGAAGCCCGAUUUCUUCUAAAAUUCAUAGUCCUGUUCAUCAAAAUAACAUGACUGACACACCAAUUACUAAUCCGGGCGGCUCAUCGUUUAGAAAUUACAACAAAUUGGAAUAUGAUAUUGGAUCUCCUAUGGAGAUUGAUUUCGAGCUUCAAAGUGAUGGAGAUGAGUUGAAAUUGAGAGGAUUUGACUACUUAAAGAAUCUUGUAUCUUUCAGUUUCCAUCGCAUGUAUGAGCGAGCCCACGACGAUGAAACUAGAAUGUACGUUAAGGAUAUGUUAGAGAGGUUUGCGAUAACUGAGUCCAAAAUCCCAGGUUUUAGUGAAGUUUUUGUUGAAGAAAUGUCACUGAGGCUAGAUUCUAUAAAAAAAUACUUAGCUAAAUAA